GUCUUCCUUUUCCUUACCCGCGAGCAAAUAAGUAAAAUGACGAAAUUACCCAUGUACAAAGUUAUAAAACCAAAUAAUGCGAACUUGUCAAUUCCUUCCCUCGUCUUCCUCCUCCCUUUAACUUCCUCUCCGUAUUCUCUCCUCUCUCUCCAAUAACAUGCACUGAGAAUGACAACAUUGAGUUGAACUAAGGCCAUAUUAAUGAUAUUCAACUAUUUUGUUCAUACUGGAUGUUGAGUGAAUUGUGUCAUGGACUUGAACUCUUCUCCACCGCUUAAAGAUGAUGAAGAGUUUUGCAAAAAUCAUUUGGAGGAAGAUGUAGCACCGCAGAAUAUCAAAGAGUCAUCAGUUCAAAUCCUUCGGCGGGAGCGUGAAGAAAGACGGGAGCGAUUGAGAAGAAAUCAGAUAAACAAUAGACCAGUUCUAACUGAGCCCUCUGUCUGUGAAGAAGGGCCUUACUUGAAGAAGUUGAAAUAUGAUGCACACAGGCUUCCCCCUGGUUGGCUGGAUUGUCCGAAUUUUGGUCAUGAAAUUGGCUUUCUUAUUCCUUCGAAAGUUCCUCUUAAUGAAUCUUUUAAUGACUACGUUGUUGAUAAGAAACGAUAUUCCUUUCGGAAUGUGUUAAGGUUGCUUGGCCACAAGCUUGGUAUGGUGGUUGAUUUGACAAAUACAGAUCGUUAUUACCAAAUGACUGAGGUUAAGGGUCUUAAGUAUUUAAAGAUUCGGUGUCAGGGACGUCAUGCUAGACCCGAUAAUGAGUCUGUAAAUAAAUUUGUCUUUGAGGUUGCACAAUUUAUAUAUAAUCAAAGUGAGAGGCAGCCCAGAAAAUAUGUUUUUGUCCAUUGUACUCAUGGCCACAACCGGACUGGUUACAUGAUAGUUCACUAUCUGAUGCGGACCCAGCAAGCCAGUUCGGUGACUGAGGCUAUACAAACUUUUGCAAAAAGUCGGCCUCCAGGGAUCUACAAAGAAGACUAUAUUAAUGCAUUAUAUGAUUUUUAUCAUGAAACUAAACCUGACUUAGUCGUGUGCCCGUCUACCCCAGAGUGGAAGAGGUCCUCUGAUGUCAUUCAAAAUAGUGAUGCCCUACCAGAUGAUGACGAUGGUGUUUCAAACGCUUCCAUCAUGGGAAAACAGGAGAACACUGUAAGGAUGACCAAUGAUGAUGUCUUGGGAGAUAAAAUACCUGAUCAACAAGAAUACCACUUGCGAAGGUUUUGCUAUGACAUGCUUAAACCCCCAGGGGCAAAUUCCCAAUUUCCGGGGUCACAUCCAGUGUCUCUAGACAGGGUCAAGUUACAACUGCUGAGGCAGCGUUACUACUAUGCUACAUGGAAAGCUGAUGGCACGAGAUACAUGAUGCUCCUUUCUCCUGAUGGGUGCUACCCAAUUGAUAGAAGGUUUAAAUUUAGGAGAAUGCAGAUGAGACUCCCUUGCAGAAGUAGGACUAAAUCUGAAUUUCAUCAGUAUACUUUGCUUGACGGUGAAAUGAUCAUUGAUUCCGUAAGCUCUCAAAAGCAAGAGAGAAGAUACCUGAUAUAUGACUUGAUUGCACUCAAUGGUGUGUCUAUCAUAGAGCGACCCUUCUCUGAGCGUUGGAUGAUGAUUGAGAAAGAGAUAAUUGAACCCCGGAAUCAAGAUCGGAAACGGAUGUUAGAAUCACAUUCCAAACCUUCUUACAGAUAUGACUUAGAGCCGUUUAGGGUUAGGAGGAAGGACUUUUGGUUGCUGUCAACUGUUGGAAAGCUUUUGAACGAAUUCAUUCCUAAUCUUUCACAUGAAGCUGAUGGUCUUAUAUUUCAGGGUUGGGAUGAUCCCUACAUUCCGAAAACGCAUGAAGGCCUCCUAAAGUGGAAAUUCCCUGAAAUGAACUCAGUUGAUUUUCUGUUUGAGAUCGGAGAAUUUGGUUCUGAGGAUCUUUAUUUGUAUGACAAGGGAAAGAAGCGAUUGAUGGAAGGCAAUAGGGUUGCUUUUUCUGAUGGUUCUUAUUCUUCUUUGUAUUCUGGUAAGAUUAUUGAGUGCUCUUGGGAUACAAGGCAAAAUGUGUGGCUCUACAUGCGAACCAGGACUGAUAAGUUAACUCCAAACGAAUUCAGUACCUACAAGAAGGUUAUGAGGAGCAUAGAUGACAACAUUACCCAGGAUGUAUUAUUGAAUGAGAUAGGUGAGAUCAUUCGCUUGCCUAUGUAUGCUAAUCGGAUUAAGAAUGAUACUAUAGCUCAGAAGAAAGCGAAAGUACGACAGCAAGGAAAGAUCUAAGGUGAAGUGGACUAUCUC